AUGUCAGACUGGCAAGUAAAUCCGGAUCAUCGUAGACGUCUUCUACAACUACAAAAGAUUGGUUACAAUAAAAGAUGUGUUGAUUGUAAUGCUCCUAACCCACAGUGGGCAUCUCCUAAAUUUGGUAUCUUUAUUUGUUUGGAAUGUGCAGGUAUCCAUAGAGGUUUAGGGGUCCAUAUAUCUUUCGUUAGAUCAAUUACUAUGGAUCAGUUUAAAACUGACGAACUAGCUAGAAUGGAGAAAGGUGGUAAUCAACCAUUUGUUGAUUAUAUGACCGCUCAUGGUAUCAGUAUGGACCUGCCUCACAAAGUGAAGUACGAUAAUCCAAUCGCAGAAGAUUAUAAGGAUAAAUUGACUUGUGAAGUUGAUGGUAAGGAAUUUGUUGAACCAGAACAUCCAGAUUUUGAUCCUUCUAAACUAUCCGCUAAUAAUAAUAAACCAUCUACUACAGAAGAGAAAGCAUCUAAUCAGGAUCAAAGCCGAUCCGAGACUCCUCUCGAAAACCGUCGUUCUAUGACUCCAAACACAAUACAAAACCAAAAGGAAAAGAACGAACAAUAUUUUUCAGACUUAGGUAGAAAGAACCAAGACAAGCCAGAACAUUUACCUCCAUCACAAGGUGGUAAGUAUCAAGGUUUUGGUAGUACUCCAGCAAACCCAACCAAUAACAACAAUCAGUCUGCUGAUCUUAAUAACAACACUGUUAACCUGGAGAAUUUGCAAAAUGACCCAAUGGGAACUUUGUCUAAAGGUUGGGGUUUAUUUUCGGCUGCAGUUUCAAAAUCUAUAAAUGAUAUGAACGAGUCGGUUAUUAAGCCAGGUAUGGAACAAUGGCAAAGUGGUGAAUUAUCAGAAGAGACAAAGAGAGCUGCUACCCAAUUUGGCCAAAAGUUUCACGAGACUAGCAACCAAGGUUUAGAAGCGUUUUCUUCUUUUACUAAAAAUUUGCAAGACCAGUACCAUUCAAACAUGAAUUACUAUAUGGGUGAUGAAAAUCAAACAAAUGGAGGUCUUGGUGGCGCAAAUAAUGGUGGCUCUGGUUAUAUGAAACUGAAUUCAAAUGAUAGUACAUCAGCUCAACAGAAGAAGGCAGAUAACAAUGAUGAAUGGGAUGAAUUUUAA